AUGGUCAAGUCCGACGUGUACAGCUCCCCGAUCGUCUUCUCCCAGUUGGAUCUACGAGUAGGCAAGAUCAUUGAAGUGAAGGCACAUCCGAACUCCGAGCGCCAUUAUGUGGAGAAGGUAGAUAUUGGCAAGGGCCAAGAGCUUGAGAUGGUCAUGGAGCAUCAGCCGUACUUUGCCGAAGAAGAACUGCUGGACCGUAAGGUCGUCGUGCUGUGCAACCUCAAGAUGGUCAAGAUAGUGCGAAUGCGCUCUACGGGCAGUAUUCUGCUGGUAGCCAGCGACAAGGGCAAGAAAGUGGAGCUGUUGGAUCCGAGUCCAGAGGCUGAGGUUGGUGAGCGCGUGUACGCGAGUGGUGAGGAGCUGCAAGAGCCCGUGACCCCCAUCCAGAUGAAGAAAAACAAGGUAUGGGAGACUUUGUGCAAGAACAUCAAGACCAAUAACAAGUGUGAGGUCAUGUACCUGGACCGAUUCCCAGUGCGCUCACGAUCGGGCCCCGUGCGCGUCGAGUCGCUCAAGAAGGUGCUCGUAACCAAAUAA